GCGGGCACAACGGGCCCGGUACCUCCUUCCCUUCCCCCAAAAAUCGAAUGGGGGGCUCCGUUGCCACGGCGACGGGCCUAGGCCCGUUGGUUGCGGCCUACCCAGCUACUCGAGCGGGGGCUCCGUUGCCGCGGUAACGGGAGUAGGCCCCGCCGGAGGAGGAGGACUUGGGCGGGGGACGACGACGACGACGACGACGGACGGGACGGACCCGCAUCCCGGGGCGGGGAGCGGGGCCUCGUCACCGUCCCGGGGCUGCCAAGGGGUUGGGAAACGGGCCCGAUGGCUUCCAGAUCCCCGGUGAGUCACGGGAGCGGCGGCGGCGUGAAACCCGUGGGGACGGCAACCCCCCCCCUCCCCGCCCGCCCUGCGCCCCCCACCCGUGUCCCCGACCCACCCCGGACAUGAAGCCGCUGUGGGGAAGGGGCUGACCCUGCACCGCGUCCACCGAGCCCUGGCCUCAGUUUCACUAUGGCCUCCCAGCCGCAGCCCCUGCGCCCCGCCUUGCCCUGCGCUUCUGCCACAGGCACUGGUGGGGCUGGGCUGGUGGCCGGCAGCCCUGAGAAAGGCAAUGCUCGCCCCAAGCCGCCCGUCCGGCCCAAACCCCGGGUGCUGCCCAAGCCGGCCGUGCCCGCCAAGCCCUCCCUGCCACACCCCCCUCCAGGGCCACGGCACCCUCGCCCGGAGCUGCCCUCUGCCGAGAAGAUGAACCGCCUGGCAGGGCCGCAGCCCUACAGUGGGGGCAGCUCGGGGGGGCCCCUCAGGCGCCCCUCCUUCACCCUCAAGUCACCCGAGACCCCCAACGGGAAGGGGCUCCCGUCCCUUCCGCUUGCAGCCACUGAGGACCCGGGUUCGACCGCUGGGGAGGAGGUGCCCCCCGCCCUGCUGACCCCCUCUCGCAAAGGCCCGGCUCCCUUCAAGGUGACGCCAGUGCCGGUGGCGACCAAACCAGAGCGAUUUCCAGGCACCACCGUGGAGGAGAUUCUGGCCAAAAUGGACAGCAGGGAGGGCCCGGGGAGCCCGGACCGAGCCCGGCUCUCGCCCUUUUGCCCUGAUUCCUCCUCUCGCUUUGGCUCCAAGACCUUCACUGCCUUCCGGAGGCGCCCCAGCGGGGAGGCGGACGGAGCCCCCCCCGGCGAAGCCCGCCAGACACCCCAACCCGCGGCGGGCGAGCUGGGGACGGGGGAUGACGGACGCCCGAUUGCCGAGACGAGCGGCUCCCCCCCAGCCGGCCUGAGCUGUGCCGGGGACCCCCGCGGACGCCGGAGGCCGCCUUCCCCCCCUGACCUCUCCUCUCUCCGGCCGGGUGCCCUCGGACCCCCUGGCUCCCCAAGGCCCCCCGUCUGCCCGGCCCCGGGAGCUCCUUUCCAGCCCACAGAGCCCUCCGCCUCGGCCCCUGGCUCUCCCGAUGCCCCCCUGGAGCUCCCGGCCCCCGGCUCCCCCACCCUGGCCCCCGGCUCACCCGAAUCCCCCGCCCGGCCUCCAGCCGAGGUCUCGGCCACCUCGAUCCAGGCUCCGGGCGCUCCCUCCUCCGCAGCCGAACCCCGGCUCGGCAUCUCCCGCUCCCCCGGCUCCCCCCACACUCCUGGCGAGGGAUCCCCCGAUACUGCCAGCCCCCCUGGCACUCCCGAACUGCCCCCCAGAGUCACCUGCCCCCCCGGCUCUCCUGAGGCUGCCGCUGAGUACCCGGGCCCCCCCAGCCCACUCCCUGAGGCCCCUGCUAAAGCCUCCCGUCCCCCAGGCUCCCCAGAGGGACCAGAUGACUCCCCAGUGUCCCCACAGUCCCCCGAGGGUCCUGAUUUCAGCCCCCCUCCCACUUCCAGGGACUCAGGGCUCCGGCGCUCUUCGGAGGGGGUGUUGCAGCCCCCGACCACAGGGCAGGGCAUGGGGGAGCUGGGGGGUUCGCUGAGCGCCCUGCCCCGUCCUGGGGACCCGCUGUCAGAGCCCUCCCUGGGCAGCGAGUCCAGCUGGAGCCUUUCCCGGUCCUUUGAGUGGACGUUCCCCUCGCGGGGGGCACGGCGGCUAGCAUCCCCGCCCCGUUCCCCCAUCCGGGAGACGGUUGACUCGGGGGUCUCCGAAGAGGGCGAGUCGGACGGGGAAGAUCCGGACCCCUGUCCCCCACGCUCGGGGGGGGACAGCGGAUCUGAAGAGCCGGGCCCUGUGGUGGCCGGCAGCCGGGGAGCAGAGGGGGCUCCGUGUCCAGGGGGUCCCGUGGCCCAGCGAGAGGCCGAAGGCUCAGCAGAGGAGGAGGAGGAGGAGGAAGGGGAGGCAGAGCGGGGUGCCACCGUGCCCCGCUCCCCUCUCUGCGUGACAGAGCCCGCCCGGGACCCAGCUGAGCCUGAGCCCCCCACCCAGCCCGGCCUCCUCAUCGAGGCCACCCCACCGGACCCGGCCACUGCAGCCAACUCGGCCUGGGCGCCGGCGGGCGACUCCCCCGUAAGCCUGCAGGGCCCCGGCGGGCCAGGCCGGGCCGAAGGAUCCUCGAGGGGCCCCGAUCCCCACACCGACCCGGGCUGGCUGACCGAGCUGCUGGCGUCGCCCGGGGCCCGCGCCGCGGGCCGCGGCUCUCCGGACGCGGAGGGGCCGGAGGACCUGCUCGGCUGGUCACGGAAGGACCUAUGCAGUGAAUUCGGCAUUGGCAGACCUCACCAGGCCGGCACCUUUGACUGGACCCGUGAGGCUGUGGCCAGGGAGAGCGACUGGCCUGGUGAGACGGAGCGGGACCGGGAAUUUGGGACCAAAUUGAGCUGGGACAGCACCUGCAGCCUCAGGGAUGGGGACCGGCAGGACGGGCCCUUCGGCACUGCCAGGAGGGACUGGGGCAGCGAUUACAAAGGGACGGAGUUGAUGGGGGAAACGAGACUGGGCUGCAGCGACUGGUCCAAAUCCCACGGCGCAGGGGAAGGCUGCCUGCAGGAUCAAGACUUUGGUGCCGGCAAAGCCAAGUGGGGCACGGGCUAUGGCUUGGACAGCGUGGGCAGCAGGGAGGAGAUCGGCUCCGGGAAGGCUGACUGGAGCAGCAGCUACGGCCUGGGACACGGCCAGCAGCAGGACGAGGAGCCGAGCUCCAGGCAGCCCAGCUGGGCUGGCAGGUACGGCUCCGGGGACGUGGACAGCCAGGAUAGGGAGAUCACACCCGCGUGGGCUGGUGAAUACGGCACCAGUGAUGUGGAGAUGAAGGACAGGGAGCUUACCCCAAACUGGGCCAGUAAAUACAGCAGCAGGGAUGCUGAGACCAAGGACAAGGACUUUACGCUGGGCUGGGCUGGCAGAUCCAGCACUGGGGAUGCUGGGACCCCCCACAAGGAGUUCAGUCCCAGCAGGCCGGCCUGGGACAGCAAAUACAGCACCAGGGACAUGGAGAGCCAGGACCGGGAGUUCAGCCCCAGCAGGCCAGCUUGGGCUGGUGAGUACAGCACCCGAGACAUGGAGAGCCAGGACCGGGAGUUCAGCCCCAGCAGGCCAGCCGAGGCCGGUGAGUACACCACCAGGGACAUGGAGAGUCAGGACCAGGAGUUCAGCCCCAGCAGGUCGGCCUGGGAUAGCAAGUACCGCAGCAGGGACAUGGAGAGCCAGGACCAGGAGUUCAGCCCCAGCAGACCGGCCUGGGAAGACGAGCACAGCACCAGGGAUAUGGAGAGUCAGGACCAGGAGUUCAGCCCCAGCAGACCGGCCUGGGAUAGCGAGUACUGCAGCAGAGACAUGGAGAGCCAGGACCGGGAGUUCAGCCCCAGCAGACCGGCCUGGGAAGAUGAGCACAGCACCAGGGACAUGGAGAGUCAGGACCAGGAGUUCAGCCCCAGCAGGUCAGCCUGGGAUAGCGAGUACCGCAGCAGGGACAUGGAGACCCGGGAUGGGGAGUUCAAACCCAGCAGACCAGCCUGGGAUGAUGAGCACAGCACCAGGGACGUGGAGACCCAGGACAGUGGGUUCAGCCCCAGCAGACCAGCCUGGGCCAGCGAGUACAGCUCUGCAAACACUGAAAAGGAAGAAAGAGAGUUUAGUCCUGGCCGGCUGAGCUGGGCUGGUGAGCACAGCAUUGGCCAAACCGAGCUGGUUGAUGCUUUUGGUGUCAGGAAAGACGACUUGCCUGGCUCCCAUGCCUCUGAUCCCCCGGCCCAGGAGCCCGGCUGGGGCAGCACCGACCGGCAGGAGCACGGUACCACUGACAGCAGGGACUGGGCUGAAGAGCUUGGAGGAGCCAGGUGCCAGAACCAAUUUGGUGUCAUUGGGACAGACCGGGUGCCAGAUCCCUCCAGCGCUGGAGCGUCACCAGAUGGCUCGAUGUCCUGGGCUGGUGGAAUGAGGUCCGGGGGCCUGCGGGAGCCCGUGGGAGACUGGCACAGGGAUCUCUGCUUCGGCAGCUCGGAUGCCACCAGCUGCCUGGGCACUGGUGAUGCUGGCAGGGUUGGACUGGGCCAGAUGGCCUGGGGUCAGAGCCUGGGCAGCCUGCCUGCCCCAGGCAGCUCUGCCCAGCCCCGGGAGGCCGGGGUGGAAAAGCCAGGCUGGAGCCAGCACCUCGACGCAGCCGGCUGGAGUGUGGAGCCGCACGAUGCCGAGGCCAAGCGCCGGGAGUGGGCUAGCGCGUUCGGCGCCCGCUGUGCAGCCCGGAGCCGGGACUUCGGCGCUGGGGAGCAGAGCCCGGGAGAUGACGCCGGCUCGGCGGAUGGAAGCAUCCAUCUCUCAGACCCCAGCCCACCGAUGGGUGACGCUCCGGCUGACCCCGCAGCUGCGGAGUCCCCCCAGAGCGAGCCCCCCAGCCCCACCGAGGAGGAGAGGGACCUCUCCGCACCGGCCGCUGCCCCGCAGAGCCCCAGGGCCUCCCCUCUGCCACCAGAGGCUGCCGGUGGGACCCUGCCGGACACGGAGAGUGAAGAAGCCCCCUUGGACCACCUGGAUGGGAAGAGACCACCAAGCUGGGAGGAGAAGCGGCUCUCCCUGGGUGCCCCUCAGCCCGAGGGACCCACGGACCACGCUGGGCAGGAAUUCACCUUCCUGGAGGACACAGAGAUCCUGGACAGCAGCGUGUACCGCAGCAAAGCCAACCUGGGCCGCAAGCGCAGGCACCGGGCGCCGGCCCUCCGCCCCGGGGCCACCUCGGAUGGGGAGAGCUGGAUCUUCCGGGACUCCACAGAGCCCCGUCCAGCCUGCCCUGCAGCGUCCUCCGACGAGGAGGCGGCGGAAGAACCCAAGAGCCGGCGGGUGCGAGCGUCCCCAUCGGGCAAGGGGGUCAAGGUGCCGCUCUUCCCCGGCCUCAACACGUCCGCCCUCAAGGCCAAGCUGAGGGGCCGAAACCGCUCGGCUGAGGAGGGGGCACCGCCGGGGGACAGCAAGGCAACCCCCCCCAAGGAACCCCACGUGCAGCGCUCCAAGUCCUGUAAGAUCCCUGGCUUGAGUGGGAAACCCCUGGCGCUGCCCCCCAAGCCAGAGAAGUCCUCAGGGUCUGAUGCCUCCCCCCCGCACUGGCUGCAAGCGCUGAAGCUGAAAAAGAAGAAGCCUUGAGCGGGGCUCCAUCUCCUGCCACCGUGUCCCCGAGGCUGACGGCCGCUGUCCCCAGGAUCAGGCCUGCCCCUCCACGUGGGGACACACACACACACAUCUAUGCACUUUGUACGAUGCUCGCAGGGUCCCCGUCCCCCUCCACGACAAUUCUUCCCCCUCCUUGGCCCACGGGCCUCCCCCAGCCUUCCCCUUCCCCUCGCUCCCUGGGGGCUGGAGGGGUGGGCAGCAAGCCCCCUCCCUGCCCCUCGCCCCCUGCUCUUGUAUCACCCUCAGACAAAGAGCAACAGUUCAGGAUUUUGGUGCCACUUUGACAGGACAAUAAAACUUCGUUGGUUGGUU